GAUUUACAAGCACGGAUCGCUGAGCUUCCAUUGUCAUUUGGCGAAUUUCUAAGACUUUUGUGCCAGAUAGCAUCGCUUCAGCCAUUAUGCAACAAAACACCAGCUAGGGGAAGGAGCCUGCAUGCAGGGGCGCUGGGCCAGGCGUGUCGGCACCUCGAACACCCGUAGGCAGCAAGUCAGGGCUGCCAAGCGGGAUUGAAAGGCCAGCCAGGCGGUGGAUUGCUUGAGGGCCCUAGGUGGCUUCCGGUCCACUUGUGGCGGCCAUGAGUGCGACGCGGGCAAGGGUGCUGUCGCUGUUUCGGUCGUUCCUGCGAGAGGCGCGGCUGAUGCCGACGGAGGUCCGUGCCAACCACAUUCGCAGGAAGGUGCGCUCGGAGCUGGAGGCGCACCGGCACGAGGCCGACCCCGAGCGGCUGGCCUUCCUGGUGGGGCUGGCGGAGCUGCAGCUGGAGAACGCCGGCCUGCAGCGGGUGCACCUCAACACGCUCAAGGCGCAGGGGGCGCUCAAGUGCUGAGUCGCGUGCCGUGGGCCCCGUUUGCCUGCUUGAGCCUCUACUGGUCAGAUGCCGAAUACGAGGCAUCGCGGUUGGGCGCCAAAGUAAUGAGCAGGCGGCGGGCCGGAAGCUGCUGCGCGCGAUGCGGGCUCUGCUUUGCGGUUGUACAGCGGGGGCGUGAUGGGAGGUGGGGAGGUGUGAUGGUUGGUAAGGCGGCGCAGGAGUGGCCGCAGCCCGCAGGUCCGCACACCUGUGGCACCUGGCAAGGCGUUGAUGGGCCACUUGCGAGGCGGGAUUGCUUGCACAGCUGGGCCCGAGUUUGCUGAGAAGGAGUUACUUGCGGUUUCGGCGCAGUGGCGCAGCCGCUGGCAGCGCAUGCAAGUCUGCAUAUCAGACGUCUACGACAGGCUCGAGUGGGGUCAUCGGGAUAGUUCAGUUACCACAGCAGUAACCAGGCAUAGGCCAGUACCGGUAUCAAACUCAAGUGCGCGGUAUGUGAUAUCGCCACCUGAACGCAGCGCCUAUAACU